UCGUAUGCCGUUGCUUUAAAGCUUAUACUCGUUCUCCUCGCUCGCUCGCGGUCGCGUUCUCUCUCUCUCCCUCCCACACCCACCCAGCCCCAUUUCCGGUCUUCCAUGUCUUCCCAUCUCUCUCCAAUCCCUUGGCACUCCGAGGCCGAUCGAGCGAAAUCCCGCCAUCGUUCGGAGAUCUCAGCUCUCUGCGGCAAUGGUCCGCUUUUCGGUCUCAGCUCGCUCGCUUCCUCCAAAAGAUCGGAUUUCUCAAAUCUCUGGAUGCCCGGAUCCUGCGUUUCUAAGGUUUGGAUCGGAGGCACGGGAAAAGGAGCUUCUUUUAUUUCGGUCCAUCCUCGAUCCUCGGAUUCCAUUCUAUUUUUCUCUCUUUUUUUUUUGGAAUUUUGAGGAGUUUCCUAUCGUUCUGAUGCCAAAAAGGGAAGUUUCUGAUAGUUUUAUUGGAUCGUAGAUCCUUUUGCUUUCUCAGUUUCCUUUGUCGCAGUCUAAAUUUCGGAGCAAUUCUUUAUAUAAAAAGGGAAACACCUUUCUUGCGUCGGAAGACUUGCGGAUCUUUUUCUCUCCAGGGUUCCGUCUCUGCUUCAGAUCCCCACUUUGUUCCAGGCUUCCCAUUGCUUUCUCUUGGAAAGUUGAUUCCUUUGAGAUAAUUAGUCCUGGAAAUCUAAAUCAUGGACAAGGCCCGGGCCCCUGUCCAUGGCGGAAGUGUGGAUUUCCCACCCAAUUCUUCUCGCUUCUCCACUGCAUCCUUGAGCAAGUUCCCAGUUAUGGGCGAUCCCUCGCCUUCAUCCUCCUCGCAGGCCAAUCCAGAAUCCAGCCAUGCCGGCCAGCUUAGCCACGACAUCAGCCACAUGCUGGAUUUCCCACGGAGAAACCCCGGCCACCGACGAGCGCUCUCGGAGAUCCCCAGCCUCCCAGAUGACACCAGCUUCUAUAGCGACCUCGGUGUUGUUGGAACCCAUGAUGGCACUGAUGACACUGAUGAAGACUUCUUCUCUGCCUACCUUGAUAUAGAAAAGCUGAAUUCUUCUUGUGCCUGGUCUUCGGUCCUGUCAGGCGGUGAGCCUUCUGGGCCAGCCGCAGCUCCCCCUGCUCCUUCUCAGACCGAGAACUUGGCCUCGGGUUCGCAUGAGAGGCCAAGGGUGAGGCAUCAGCAUAGCCAGUCUAUGGAUGGGUCCUCCUUAGUUCUUCUGGGGUUGAGUGGUGAAGGAGCGGCACCAGCGGAGAUGAAGAAGGCUAUAUCAGCUGCAAAACUUGCCGACCUUGCUCUUGUCGAUCCAAAGCGAGCAAAGAGGAUUUGGGCAAACAGGCAAUCAGCUGCAAGAUCAAAAGAAAGGAAAAUGCGCUAUAUUGCUGAGCUUGAGCAGAAGGCGCAGAGUCUCCAAACAGAGACAGCAACAUUGUCGGCUCAGUUAACAUUGUUACGGAGGGAUACCAAUGGUUUGACAGCCGAAAAUAGUGAACUGAAGCUGCGAUUGCAGACCAUGGAGCAACAGGUUCGCUUGCAGGAUGCUUUGAAUGAUGCACUGAGAGAGGAGGUUCAUCGGCUGAAGUUGGCAACAGGCCAGAUGAUGCCAAAUGGUGGUCCAUUGAUGAAAUUUGGAUCACCAUUACUUGGAGCAAGUCAACAAUUCUACCAUCAUAACCAAGCAAUGCAAUCGCUCCUGGCAGGCCACCAAUUUCAGCAACUCCAGAUCCAUCCUCAACAUCAACAGCAGCUGCACCCAAUUCAGUCUCUGCAGCAACGGCAUAUGCACCCUCCCCAGCCUCAGCAGCAGCAGCAGCAGCCACCUGCAGACCCGAGGAUGAAGCGUCCAAUGACUUCUCGGAACCUAAGGGGGGAGAAAACAUCAGAUAACAGCAGCAAUCGGAAGGAGUGAGGAGAACUUUUGUGGAGUCAGUUGCUGUCCAAAUCAUAAAUUUAGAUGUUGGUGAUCUUCCAAGAUAACGUCUGCCACUUUUUCUCAUCGUAUCUCACCAUUUUGGUAAGUGUGAUGUUUCACAUGAUAAAUUGUUGGCUUAUGAAUUCAGGAAGUUGGUUAGGGAUGCUGGGCUAGCCGGAGUAUUAAUUCACUUUGCUAAGCACCUGAGCCGCAUUGAAAGUUGGUGAUUCAAUUUGGAACUUGUCCUCUAAAUGAUUGUUUUACUUUUUAUUUUGUUUGAUAUGCUGCGUUGAUUUUUCUUUUGAAAAAGCCAGUUGUUUAUACUCU